AUGACGCGCCACCCAUGGCCAUGUGCCGAUAGGCAAUGCCACGACGACCAGCACCACGAUCCUCGAGAGAAGAAGGGUCGUAAAAGCAUCAGCCAAUUCUUUGGCCGUAACAAGCGCGAGACGAAGCGCAUUCCCGAUGAGGUAUGGGGCUGGGCAUGCCGCAAGCUAUACCAGCGCGGCAAAUACAAUGCCGACAAGGACAAGGGCAGCCCAAGACUCUGCAACCAUGUCAUGAGUCUGCUCAGAGAGCAGAUCAUCCGCAUCCAGCUCUGGCGUCCGGAGGCGUCCUUCGAGGUCCAGCUUCAAAAGCCUGCAAAAGAGCGGCUUCAAAAAUACCAUGGCAUCCUCAGCCGUAAUGGAGGCGACAAGCAUAGCGCGAAGCGCCAGAUGAUCGUGACUCCCAAGAUCGGGUCAGAUGGCAAGCUAAAAGACCUCACUGAUGUCGAAGCUGUCGAGAUGGACCAUGCGGAGCAUAUCGACACGCAGCUUACGGGCACCGCCAAGGGCAUUGAGUACCUCCUGGACACCGUCCUCUCCUGGAUUGAGACCGAAGUUGAAGGAGGUCGCAUGACCCGCAUGCCGCCAAUCGAGUUCCUCAUCGACGAGGCGAAGCCUGGCGACACCAUCACGAAUCCAGAGAACAACUACGACCGAUGGACCGCACAGCAAGACGGUAUUGAGUACAAGAGCCCGUCCAUCAAGAUCAAGAGCGCGUCAAAGGGCAAGAGCACUACCACCCAAGCAAGCUCAUGCAGGCCAGCCAUCGACAGACGUCCACCUCCAAAGAUCAAGCUCAUAUUGAAGAAGGUGAAGCAUGACGCGCCUACCGAAGCUACCUCAAGCACAACAGGCAUCACCGAGCCAAAGACUCGCCAAUCACCACCAUCACCACUGGCGAACAAAGGCAAAGGCAAAGGCAAGCAACGAGCAUCACUAGCCGACGACCUACCACGCUACGUUCCGCCAGCACCCCUCACCACUACCAAGCGCAAGCGUUCACCAGCAGAUGACCUGCCACUCUACGUGCCACCAACACCUCUCCCACCAAGGCGUCGAUCUACCACCACUUCACCACCAGCUCUCAAGAAGCAGCGACCACCACCAAUUGACACCGCUCUCGCAAACGCGAAGCUACCAGCAUGUACCGACCAUACAUCCAGCAGCGACUCCUCCCUAACAUCCUUCGAGAGCGAGCAUGAGCAACCUGAUUCUGCCAACACCGAGCAGCCAGAGUCAGCAGGCACCGAACUACCAGCAUCAGCAUACACUGAAGUCGAGAGCUCGCCCAUCCGUGUCCGCAACAUGAUCUUCGCAGGCAGUAAGCGCAAGCGCGUGCUCAGAGAAGCAGAGCCUGCAUCCAGCACCGACACCGGCUUGACAACACUUGAGAGCGAGCGCCCAGAGUCUGCCUACACUGAAGUUGAGAGUUCGCCAAUUCGUGCAAGGGGCAUGAUAUUUGCAGGCCCGAAGCGCCGUCGUGUGCUCAGAGAACAGGCCGAAGACGAAGCUUGA